AUGCCGUCCACCGCCGUCUCGCUCGGAGCCCUCGUGGCCGCCCUCGUCGCCGGCUGGUUCCUCUUCCUCCGCAACAAGGGCGACAGCAGCCCGGUUGCGCCUCUGCCCACCAACGGCUCGGCCGCCAAGCCGUCCGCCAACGGCGUUGUCGACACGGGCCGCGACUUUGUCGCGUCGCUCAAGCUCUCGGGCAAGAAGAUCGCCAUCUUCUACGGCUCGCAGACCGGCACGGCCGAGGACUACGGCACCCGCAUCGCCAAGGAGGCAAAGGCGCGCUUCGGCCUCUCGUCGCUCGUGUGCGACCCCGAGGACUACGACUUCGACAACUUGGACGCCGUCCCGGACGACUGCCUCGUCAUCUUCUGCCUCGCCACGUACGGCGAGGGCGAGCCGACCGACAAUGCCGUGCAGCUCAUGGAGUUCCUCAAGGAGGACCCGCAGUUCAGCAACGGCGACAAGCUCGACAACCUGCGCUACGUCGUCUUCGGCCUCGGCAACUCGACCUACGAGUACUUCAACGCCAUGGCGCGCAACAUCGACGACCGCCUGACGCAGCUCGGCGCCAAGCGCGUCGGUCCUCGCGGCGAGGGCGACGACGACAAGUCGAUGGAGGAGGACUACCUCGCGUGGAAGGACGACAUGUUCGCCGCCGUCCAGAGCGAGCUCGGCUGGGAGGAGGGCGCCGGCGGCGACGUCGCCGACUUCGAGGUCACGGAGCUCGACGAGGUCGACGACGCCAAGCUGUAUCUCGGCGAGCUGUCGGCGCGCGCCCUCACCGGCACUCGCGGCGUGUUCGACGCCAAGAACCCGUACGCGGCGCCGCUCACCCAGGCCAAGGAGCUGUUCGAGGACGGCGACCGCAACUGCAUCUUCGCCGAGUUCGACAUCACCGACUCGGGCAUCCGGUACCAGACGGGCGACCAUGUCGGCGUGUGGCCCGUCAACCCCGAGGUCGAGGUUGAGCGCAUGCUCUCGAUCCUCGGCCUUCAGGACAAGCGCUCCAAGGCCAUCGACGUCAAGUCGCUCGACCCGGCCCUCGCCAAGGUCCCGUUCCCGGUCCCGACCACCUACGAGACCAUGUUCCGCAACUACCUCGACAUCUCGGCCCCGGCCUCGCGCCAGUCGGUCGGCUCGUUCGCCAAGUACGCGCCGACGCCCGAGGCCAAGGCCAUGCUCGAGAAGCUCGGCUCGGACAAGGCGUACUACCACGAGACGGCCGGCGCCAAGUGCCUGCGCCUGUCCGAGGUCCUCAUGCUCGCCGCCGGCGACGCGCCGUCCGCGACGCCGACGCCCUGGUCCAUCCCGGUCGACCGCAUCAUCGGCGCCAUCCACCGCCUCCAGCCCCGGUACUACUCGAUCUCGAGCUCGCCCAAGCUUCACCCGAACGCGAUCCACGUCACGGCCGUCGUCCUCAAGUACGAGCCCGUCCCCGGCGCCAACAAGGUCUUCGGCGUCGGGACCAACUACCUCCUCAACCUCAAGCAGGCGGCCAACGGCACGCCGCCGUCGGCUCGCGAGGACGGCGCGCCCGUGUACGCGCUCGACGGCCCUCGUGGCAAGUACAAGAAGCACGACAAGCUCGCCGCGCCGAUCCACGUCCGCCGGUCCAACUUCCGCCUCCCGACCUCGCCCAAGGUCCCGAUCGUCAUGGUCGGCCCCGGUACGGGCGUCGCGCCCUUCCGCGGCUUCAUCCAGGACCGCGUCGCGCUCGCGCGCAAGGCGCGCGAGAAGGACGGGCCCGACGCGCUCAAGGACUGGGGCACGAUCGACCUCUUUUACGGGUGCCGGCGCUCCACGUGGGACUUCUUGUACCGCGCCGAGUGGGACGAGUACGCCAAGGAGCUCGACGGCAAGUUCCGCCUGCACGUCGCCCUCAGUCGCGAGGAGGGCCAGCCCAAGGUGUACGUCCAGCAGCUCUUGCGCGAGGAGGGCGACCGCAUCGGCCAAGCGCUCGUUCAGCAGAAGGGCUACGCCUACAUCUGCGGCGACGCCGGCAGCAUGGCCAAGGCGGUCGAGCGUGAGCUCGCCACCAUCCUCGGCAAGGCCAAGGGCGGCUCGGACGAGGACGGCGAGAAGGAGCUCAAGCUCCUCAAGGACCGCAACCGCCUCUUGCUCGACGUCUGGUCUUAGUUAGUGUCGGCCUCAGGGAGGGCAAGUGUCGAGAGAGGGCGACGAGAGAGGAGAAGGAGAACAUGAAUCAGGCGCAUCCGCAUCCAGCAGUAGAUCCCCAGUUGUCGAAUAGCUUCGCAGACUCUCGCUAUUCAGUCACGUACACACAUGCAUGCGCU